AUGGAUGGUGGUCGAAGGUUUGAAGAAGAAUGGAGUAAAUCCAAUUGUGAUUGUGGGUUUCAGUGUGGCUGCCCAAGAUACAAGAGGAAUGAGGUUGAUGGGUGUGGAUUUAUCAGAUGGGUGGACCCUCCAUCAUUCCCUGUACAUGGUGAAAGGUUUAAGGAGGAAAUAGGAGGGUUUUUGAAAAUGUUAGAGGAGAUGGAAGAUAAUGUUAAGCAACUACAGAUUAUGGCUGAAAAAAGAGAAGAAGAACUUGGUUCAAUAUUGAAGAUGUUAAGAGAUUUGAAAUCUGGUGUUUGUUUUUGUGUUACUUACUGA